AUGGGGCUUGUGGCGGGUCUGGGGGUGGCAGUGCUGCUGUGGAAGCCUCGGGGAGGGCUCAUCUCUGGAAUCCCCCAGGGUAUCCUGGUGCCCCCAGCUGCUGUGUGGUGUGAGAAGGCCUGGCUGGUGGUGACACACAGUGGAAGCCUAGCAUGGGUGGAGACCCCCAAGACUGAACUCAGUGGCGGGAUCCAGCCUGCCCAGCUCUCCUAUAUAGAGCCCAGAGCCAGCAGGGUGGGCUUCCUGGAGACGCAGGUGCUCCUGCGGGCUGGGGAGCAUGAGCAGGGGUCCCUUUGGGAAGGUGGAAGAGGCUGUGGUGCCACUCAGGUGGUGGAAGCUGAGCUAGGGUUGGGCACCCUGGUCCCGAGUGAGGCUUCACCAGUCUUGGAAGCUGUACCCAAGGUAGCUUCAUGUGCCACUCAGGUGGUGGAAGCUGAGCUAGGGCUGGGCCCCCUGGUCCUGAGUGAGGCCUCACCAGUCUUGGAAGCUGUACCCAAGGUAGCUUCAUGUGAUUCCAGCCUCAUUCCUCCAUGGGCCAAAUAUCCCAAACAAAGGCCUGGACAGGGGGUCUUUAUCCUAGUGCCCAGAAAACACAUGCAGAAAGGCUCUGCAUGCCCCCGUGGCCUGCCAGAGGUAAGAGCCUCCCCCUCAAAAUGCACAGUCCAGGUUCUUGCAGGGAGGGAAGGAUUCUGCAAGACGGAGGAGAAGAUGGCAGCAUUUCGCCUCCUCCCCGGCACCUCCAGUGGGCUGCAGUCUGCUCCCAGCCUCACUCGAGCAGGCCCCGCCCUCCCAGAGGCCGUUAGUCCAAGUCACGUGAUCGCCGAUUCCGCUGACCCUGCAGAACCUGAAAAAGAAAUUCCCGGGUCCUGGCUUCCUGGCCUGAUGAUGAGGCACCAGGGCUGCUGGAGAGGGAAUGAGGGGGCACCAGUGGCUCGGGAAACCGGGGAGGGUGUCUGCGCUGGCAAUUCCGCAAACACAGUGUGUGCGGGCGUGAGGGCUGCGAGUCCGCUAGAGGAAAGUCCACCACUACCCCUCUCCGGAGACGGGGGCGGGGGGAAGGAUUCUGCAAGACGGAGGAGAAGAUGCCAGCAUUUCGCCCCGGGCACCUCCAGUGGGCUGCAGUCUGCUCCCAGCCUCACUCGAGCAGGCCCCGCCCUCCCAGAGGCCGUUAGUCCAAGUCACGUGAUCGCCGACUCCGCUGACCCUGCAGGACCGGAAAAAGGAAUUCCGGGGUCCUGGCUUCCUGGCCUGAUGAUGAGGCACCAGGGCUGCUGGAGAGGGAAUGAGGGGGCACCAGUGGCUUGGGAAACCUGGGAGGGUGUCUGCGCUGGCCUUUCCGCAAACACAGUGUGUGCGGGCCUGACGGCUGCGAGUCCGCUAGAGGAAAGUCCACCACUACCCCUCUCCGGAGACGGGGGCCGGGGUGGGGAGCGGUAUGAGAAGAUCCUGAAGCUCACGGCUGAUGUCAAGUUUGGGUCAGGCGACGUCAAGGCCACAGUGGCAGUGCUGAGUUUCAUCCUCCCCAGUGUGGCCAAGCACAGUGUCGAUGGCGGAUCCUUGUCCAGUGAACUGCAGCAGCUGGGGCUGCCCAAAGAGCACGCGGCCAGCCUGUGCCACUGUUAUGAGGAGAAGCAAAGCCCCUUGCAGAAGCACUUGCGGGUCUGCAGCCUACGCAGCAAGUAUGAGACCAGCCAGGGGUCUGCCUUGGAGCACCUGGAGCCCAAGAAGCUGCCCCUCACCUUUGUGAUCCCAGGAACCCCCUCCCUGAUCAUGAAGAAUGCAGACCCAAACCCGCUGAGGUGCCUGAAGGAGCAGGCCCCCUCUGCUGUCCUGCAGGCUCUGGCGGUGGCCAUCCCGCUUGAAGUACAGAGGAACCUGGUGCCGGCCACAGUCAACCCUGAUGUGACGACCUUUCUACCCGCCCUCUUUGAUGUCUUGGUGCUGGCUGCUGUCUUUGGCCAGCCCUGCAAGUCCAGUCCUUGGGGGUCUAGGAGGGAAGAAGCCCCUGGCUGUGUGGCCUCGAGCUGGACCCUGGCCCUCUCUGGCUCUGAGUUCCUGGGAAAGUCGGUGGUGUUGGAACUCCGGAUUCAUUCCUCAGCAUUGAGGCACUGUCUGUGGAAGCCGUGGGACAAGGUGAAGGAAGGAGCCCAGACCCAGCCAGACACUCACCAGGACAAGGGUGAAUGUGACAAGCAGGAGGCCUAG